AUGUUAACAUUAGUUAUUGAAUUUGGUCGUCAAAGACGAAAAUUUGAUUUAAAACAUCCAAUUGAUAUUGGUUUACUUGAAAAUCAAAUAAAAUCAACAUUUGGGAUUGAAGAUAAAAAUAAUUCGGAAUAUUUAAUACAAAUUUAUGAUGAAUUUGUUAAAAAUUAUCUUGAUUUAACAUCUGAAUCAUUUCUUUCAACAAAUCAUAAUAAUGAUAUAAUAAAAGGUCAAAUCAUCUCAUCUCAAAUAAAUUCAUUUCAAUUUCAACCAAAAGUAACAAAACAACAAGUUGUUGGUCUUAUUACAUUAGAAUCAAUUCAAGAAUCUCUUCAACAAUGGUCACAAUUACUUCAACAUAUUCAAUUAGAAAUAUCAAAAGAAAUUCAAACUGUUAAAGAAACUAUCAAUGCUGUGAAAUCUCAUUAUGAAUUAAUUGAUGAAUUAAAUUCGAAUUCAAAUUCUCCUAUUUAUCCAUUAACAAGUACUUGUUCUUCACCUUCUUCUGUUUCUCAAUGUGUAAAUAAAACUCUUACUCUUACUCCUCCUCCUCCUUCUCAUCCUGUUGUUCCUCCAACAUUUUCUUCGAAUUCAAAUAAUUCUCAUUUAAUUCGACCAAUAAAUAAUGUUGAUAGAAAAGAUUCGUAUUAUCCAUAUAAUGGAACAUCUUCUAAUCAACAACGAUAUAGACCAAAUAAUAAUAAUCGACGAGGAACAUAUAAUAAUACAAAAAUCUUAACAAAUCGAGAAAAUAAUUCUUAUUAUCCUCCAUCACAAAUUCCAUCUCGACCAAUUGAAUAUAAUGUUCCAGUAACAAUAACAUAUCAACGGUUUCAAACUGGUGUUGAUUUUGAAGGAGAAUUAUCAAAAUAUUAUAAUCCAACUUAUUUUUUUCUUCGAAUAUCAAAUCAAACAGAAUCAUAUGAUGAAAUGCAUAAAAAUAUCAAUUUCUAUUAUAAUAAUAUGGAUAUGAACAAAUGUUAUAUUCCUCAACCAAGUGAAUUUUGUGCAGCAAAAUCUCCAAAUGAUUCCAAUUGGUAUCGAGCACGAAUAAUUCGAAUUAUUGAAAAUGACAAAGUUCAAUUAAUAUUUAUUGAUAAUGGAGAAAUAAAUGAAUUAAAUCUGAAUUUAAUUCAACCAUUAAAUUCACAAUUUAGUGAUCGUCCAGCUCAAGCACUUGCAUGUUCACUUGCUCAAGUUUUACCAUUUACACAAAAUGAUAAAUGUGGUUGGAAUCGAAGAGCAUGUAUGAGUUUAGAAAAUUCAUUAAAAUAUGAACGAAUUUCAUCGGAAAAACUUUUAUUAAAAGUUACUGUUUCCGAUAUGAAUCAAGUUAAAUGGCCAAUUAUGUUUAUACAUAUAUCAACACCAACGAUUUCUAGUUUAACUGAUCAUAUGUGUGAUUUAUAUUUAAGUCGUCGAUGUACAAAUUUACAAAUAAGUGAAUAUUGGUCAAAGAAAAUUCGUCCAGAACAAUAUGUUUUGUUUAAUUUAUCUUCAUUAAUUAAUCAAAAACAAUAUUUUAUUUUAAAUAAUAAUCAAUCCUCUUUGUCUUUCAAUCAAACUAUUGAUUUAGUUAUGACUGAUUUAGAAUUUUUUUCUCGUCAAUAA